AGCUUUUCGAAAACGAUGGCGUUACAAAGUUACGAUAAUCGUGUAAUUUUCCUGCCCGGGUCUUCCUCAAGAACAAAUCCAAAAUGGCCAGUGAUUGUUGGUCAAGUAACAUGGAAGAUUAAAUAUAGAAUACAGGGGACUUUUUUAGAUAAUACCUCAUUCUGUAAUCUUGAAUCUUUUGUCGUUCAGGGCUUGUGGUUUGUAGGUGGUUUCCUCGCCAAUCUCCCAACAGCUUCCAGCAUUCUGUGUUACGCAUGCGGAGAUUAUCCAGGAUCAAAGGUCCCCUGUGAAGGCAGCCCUGCGAUCCAGUGUGCAUCCUACUUCGAUUCUUGCGUCACAGUAAAGAUCACGGAAGAGGUCGCUGGCAUGGAUUAUAAUCAAACUGUGAAGAACUGCUCCAUAGCUGAGUCACCCGGCUGCAAUGAAACUUACAUCUGUGAAUUAAUAAACCAAUCUGUGGUUAAAGCUGGUGGAAAACUGCUGCAAUGUGACGUAACCUGUUGCCAAACUGACCGGUGCAAUGGGCCAGGAGAAGGUGAACCAAAACUUGCCACGCCCGGACCGGAUCCUCAGAGCGAUGUCAAGUAUUACAUCGAAGCCGUCCGUGCCCUACUUGACGAGAUGGAAUAUAUUGUGGACAACGAACUGGAAGGCCAAUUGUCUGCGACGGAAUACAAAGAACGUGUCAAGGAAGUUCUCAACGACUUCUAUGCGGCAAUAACAAAUGAAGAAGACCAGAAAAGCAACAGCGUCAUAGAUGAACUGAAAACGAAUGCCGCAGAGUUAAUGAAGAAACUGGAAACCAAGAGGGGCCAGUCCAAGAAAAAACAUGCUGCAAUGACUUUGCGCCAAAAGAAACGUGAGGCCAAAACCUACCAAUUACUGAGUGAGUUGAUGGAAAGCUUGGCAUGGCUGGCAACCCAGAAACGCUGAAUGGGGACAUUUUCUGAUAAACAGGACGUCCUGGAAAUGAGUAGCACAUGAAGAUGUUAGACGCAUGGAAAAAGGAAGGAAUUGAUGUUUCGACACAAUUUAACCUUCAUUAGCAAUAGAUAUACAUUUGAGAAACAAGCUAAAUAAAAGAAUACAGCAAGUAACUGUUUUAAUUUAA